UUCCCAUCUCUGGCCAUGGCUACUUCUCCAUCUGAUAAACUCGUCCAAGAACAAGAAGUGGGAACAGAGGAGGUUGAUCCCACCAAAACAACCGAGGAAGAAGAUGAAGUGCGAACAGAGGACGAAGAAGUGAGAACAGAGGGCGUUGAUCCCACCAAAACAGAGGAGGUUGAUCUCGCGAAAACAACCGAGGAAGAUGACGAAGUGCGAACAGAGAAAGACGAGACGCGAACAGAAGACGACGAAGCGCGAACACAGGAGGUUGAUCCCGCCAAAACAACCGAGAAAGAAGACGAAGUGAAAACAGAGGAAGACGAAGUGCGAACAGAGGAAGAAGAUGAGCACAAGAAAGAAGCUAUCGAGAGCCUUCUUGAAUCUGCUCGCAAUCUCAACAUAGAAGACGAAGAGUCCAACCAGGGAACUGAGAAUCAGAAUCGUCAAGAAGAUCCGAUCACGACUCGUAGGAACGAUCAAGCCAUGGAACGUGGCUCAACAUCGCUUGCAAGUGACCAGAACCGUCGUCUUGAUUCUGAUCCCAACACUUCUGCUAUUAGUCUCAGCGUACAAGAGUCCGACCUAGGAACCGAGAACCAGAAUCCUCAAGAACAGUCAAUGAUACGUAGGAGCGGUCAAAGGAUGGAACGUGGCUCAACAUCGUCUUCAAGGGAUCAGAACCAAAACCGUCCUCUUGUUCUUCCGAAUCCUCCUCCUAGCGCUCAAACCUCUCGACAGAUGAUGAUGAUGCCUCCUCGUCUUGGACCAAGCGUGCCUCCAUAUCAGCAAGACCCUUUCGGUUUGCCGCAGCCAAGAUGGCUCGUAGUAGACCACUUCUACUCAGACGGGCUUGGUCUAUACGGUGCACUAUGGAGAUUCCGAACCAUAACUCCUUUUCUCCCAAAUCAGAACACAUAUCCGCAUCAACUAGUGCCGAUGGAGCUCCCUGGUCAGCCUGGAACUGAAUUAGUAUGCUACAGCCAGUCGUUCGGUGUGCUUCACCAGGGCCAGCUCGUUCCCCACCAGGAAGCUCCUCCAAUGAGGCCGCAGCAGAACCAGUUUCGAAGUCUACCUCCAAUGAGGCCAAUGCUGCCACAGGACGACUUCGUUGUCCAUCUAGGUCAAGUUCCGGUCAGGCCAAUGAUGUAUUACCAGGAACAGGACCAGAUUGUUCCCAACGCAGGCAUAAGUCAACCCCCAUUGAGGCCAAGUCUACCCCAACUUGGAGCUCCGAUGAUGCAGCCACCGGUACUUUUAUAUCCGCCACCUAUAGUUAACGCUGUACCAGUGAGGCCAGUGAUGAACCAAGGAGGACAACGGUUUAGGUUCCCCAUGAUUCAACAGCACCAAGGUUCUCCCACUGCACCAUGGCCUGAGCAGAAUCAGCAACUUCAGUCUCCAAGGGAGUCUCAGGGUUCCAACGAUGGACCGUUUUCUUCUGGCGGAAGUCAAGACUAGAGCA